AUGGCCGACAUCCACAAGAUUGUACGCGACCCCCUAUCGCAAACCGAGGCCACUACGAGCUCGAAGAUCCCGGCGCUCAACGAGGACGGCUCAAAUUGGGUCCUAUAUAAGGCCCAGUUCUUAGCCGCCGUUUACGCGAAGGGCCUCCGGCGGUACCUCGAGGGUACGGAGCGCGUUCCGCAAGCGCCCACGGCUCCUGGUGUGGACUCCGACGCCGACGAACGGUACGAGACGGCGGUCGACAAGUGGCUGGGCAACCACUCGACCAUCAAGACACUCCUUUUCCAGACGGUUCCCGAGUCCCUCAAGCUCGACAUCGCCACCAAGAGCCGUGCCAACGAGGCAUGGGCGCUUGUAUCUGCCAAGUAUGACAACCAAGGCGACUUCGUUCAGGUCAACAUCCUCAACCGCAUGCACCAGCUCCGAUGCGAGGAGGGAGGCGACCCCCGACCGGUCCUCACCCAGCUUGCACGACUUCGCUCAGAGUACGCGACGGCCGGUGCGUACAUUGUCGCGACCGAUUUCUCGAAGGUUUCCGCGCAGCGUCUGCCGCUCGACCGCUACACUCGCCUUAUCGACUCCGCCGCCUCACGUCACUUUGACCCAUGUCGCGAAAACUUCAUUGCGUUCCGCAAAAUCGAGCCUAUCCCGAUUCAGUCCGCCGAUGGCCGAAUUUUUCACGCUACGGGUGAGGGAGACGUCCGUGUUACC